GUCGCGCUGCUGUCGCUGGGUGACCGCAGGUCGGUGUCCGUUCGUGGGCUUCUUCCACCUGUCGGAAGGCGUGCAGGAGCCGCGCCUGGACCAGGUGUUCCGCGGCGUCGCCUCCAAGGUCAAGGACACCGUCUUCUCCACCAUCGGGAGCUUCUGGGCGGGCGGCGCCAGCCGGAGCGACGCGGCCAAGCCGGCGACGGAGCUGGAGCCGGGAACGCCGGUCGACUGCAGGUACGGCCUGCCGGACCUGCAGCGCGAGGGCCAGCUGAUGGCGCUGUCACGUGACCGGCGCCUGAGCGCCGUCACGGACAGCUUCGGCCGCGUUACGCUGGUCGACAACCACGGCGGCGCCGCGCUCGGCAUGUGGAAGGGAUACCGGGACGCGGAAUGCGGCUGGCUGGACGUGCGCGAGCCUCGGCCGGCCGAGCAGCGGCGACCGCGGCGGCGCGCGCGCUUCCUAGCGCUGUACGCGCGCCGCCGCGGCCUGCUCGAAGUGUGGGCCGUCGUCGGAGGGCCCAAGGUGGCCGCCUUCAGCGUCAGCAAACACGGCAGACUGGUGAACGUGGCGCACGGCCUGAUGGGCCUGUCGGAGUCGGACGGCGCCGAGCCGAGCAGGCGCGCCUCCCAGCUGCUGCAGACCGUGUUCCUCUCGGCAGACGGCCGGCUGCUCACCCUAAACGUGCCCUUCCACCUGGCGCUCAGCGAGCGCAGUAGCCGGCGCGCGCACGGCCAGAAGCCGGCCAGCCUGGACCAUGACUCGCAGGUGCUGCUGCACACGGCCCUGGCCUACAAGCGGCUGCUGGCCGCUUACGUCGCCGCCGAGGCGGACCGCAUGGACACGGAGGACACGGAGGUCAGCCAAGAGGAGCUGUGCGGCCUGCUGCGCCUCUCGCCUGCCGAGGCGUCGGCGCUGGUGGCGCGCCGCGUCACGUUCGCCGAGCGGCGACCAGGCCCGGCUGAGUUCCUGCGCUGUCUCGAGGUCACCACCACACACGGCCAGGCCGCCGUCUCGCUGCGGCCAGGGAUCACAGAGGAGGAGACGGCCGAGCUGGGUUACAUCAGCUCCGUUCUCCUGACCAGUCCCUCGCCGCCCGACUGGCGGGGCUCGUGCCCGGUCGGCGGCGAACGGAGGCGGCCGUUCGGUCUGUCCUAG